AAUUAAAUUUUUUUUUACCUAACAUUUUUUUAAUUUUUUUUAAGAAUUCAAAAUUACCUUAGUAUUUUUUUAUUUUUAUUGUCUGAAUAAAUCCAUUUUUACGGAAACAAAUCCAUUUUUAGGAAAUCAUUUUCCUUUUUCGGCCAAAACCGUCUUUCAAUCAUUUUAAAUUUUUAAUCACUUGGAAUUUUCAAGCUUCACUUCCCUGCCGGCACGGAAUCCAUGCAAUUUUGGAAAUGGGAGCAAAGCGGGAAACAUGUGGCUGGGUAUGAGAGUGAGUAUGAGAAAAGGAAGAAAGAUGGGAUCUUUGGGUUUUCCGGUUCUGGGUCUAGUGGAAAAACUGGAUUUCGAGCUGGGAGAAGGAAUUUGGGGAAGAAGGUGAUGAAGAAGCGCGAGAUGAGAUUCAGGAUGUAGUGUUGUGUAGAAUUAGAUUUGCUGCUUGCUUAAAGACUAGGAGAACUGCCAAGACUGCUUCUUACAAGUGUGUGUGUUCGGUUCUUCAAGAGUUUUCCCAGCAGGCAUGAAAGAGAUCAAUGAGGAUUAGCCUAUUCCUGCAAAACCUUCAAAAAAAAUUUGAGUACCAUGGACUAAUGUUGUAUAUACUAUAAGUUUAUGCUACUGGACCUUAUGUAUGUCAUUUAAACCUUUUAUAGUGGCACCCAACAAUCUCAGAUGGUUCAAACACAGCUUUGGAAGUUUGGAACCAAUCAUUUUCCUAUGAUCACUUCAUUCUCAUUGGGAAAAGGAGGGGUUCUAAUGGAGUGAGGUGAGCUUUGAUGAUACUUAGAUUAAUGAAUUUUUCUUUAGCUU